CACAUAAUUCAGACGCCCCUAUUUUUCCCCUGUCCAGUGUAGGCGUCUAUCCCGGCUGGUCCCUCUUUGUCCGGCAGCGACUGUAGGCCGCAAUAGUCAUGGCCAAUUUCGCGUUUGAGGAUAAAUUUUAAUUGUAAGUUUGUUUGACAUUGAAUGUUUGUCUAUUCAGAGUUGCUAAAUAUGAGAUAAUGUAACAGCGUAGUUCUUUUUAACGGGUAGCAUGAGCGACGUACGGCUUCCAGCUAAAGCCUGAGCUAGCCGCUCUGCUAGCCGCUCGGCUCCGGAGAGCAGACGGACCGCCAGCCUGGCGACUCCGUUCCCAGCGAGGCGCGCCGAGUGUAAAUACCCGGACCUGCCCCCGCGUUUCAUGCCGCAUGAGUGCAGGUGGAUUUGCGCCGCAUGUGCAGGGCUCCUCGAGCCGAGUCUUAACUCCGUGUAACUUCAGCUGGUGUCUCGCAGCUAGCGCUACCCAGCUAGCAGCACAUCUGUAAGUGAUCACAGGAGGGAGGGGGAGCGAGUGUGCGGCCGACAGCGAGCAGCUUCAUUCAGCAUUAGAUUUUUGCGCGGGCCUCGUCACUUAGACCGCUUCAUGUUCGCUGUUCUCGGUGAAGAGCUCACAGUUAGUCCGCUGCAGGCCUGUUAAUACCAGGCUGUGGUUCGUCUGGAGAGGUGAGGCUAGGAGUGUGGACGAACCGAGAGAGCGCUCUUCGUUAGUGGGAUUAGCGUCAUGGUUGGCUUCUCCUAUUGACUCAGACUGGUAGCCCGUGUUGGACCUCAGGACGCAUCCGUCAGUUGUGCACUCUUUCUGUAUGUGAACGGUGGCAUGGCACCGCGCCGACAGUCAUUAUAAUGGCUGCCGAAUCGGGGAGACUACUGGCCGGACAAGGUCAAGGAAAACGAGGCAAAGGUUCCCAGAUGAAAAGCCCAGAGAAAAAGAAGAGGAAAUCCAGCACUCAGGGGGCAACGUUCUCCCACCUCUCUGAGUUUGCGCCUCCCCCAACCCCUAUGGUAGACCACUUGGUGGCCUCCAACCCUUUUGACGAUGACUUUAGCUCUUCAUCACGUCCUGGUGGAGCCGGUGUUCCAGGAAGCGCGCCGUUUUUACCAAGCCCUGGGGCUGGUGGAGGAGGAGGAGGCUAUGGAGCACCUGGCAGAAUGGCAGGGGGCAUGGGUUUUAUGGGUGGCCCUGGAGGACCAGGUGGUGGACAGCCUGGGCGGAGACCCCCUUUUGUACCUCCACCACCCAAUGCAGGACCACACCAUCCACUUGGGUUUGGUGGGAUGCCUGGAUUUGGAGGUGGAGGAGGUGGUGGUGGGGGCUUUCCUCCAGGGGGACCAUCACAGUUUAACAUGCCACCUAAUUUCAGCCCUCCUAUGCAUCCUGGACAGGGUUUUAACCCUAUGCUGUCACCUGGUGCAAUGGGCGGUGGUCCUGGAGGUGGUGGUCCUCCCCAUCCACGUUUUGGGAUGCAGCAACCUCAGCAUGGACAAGGGGGUCACCCCUUCAAUAGUCCUCCGUUGCCUGGGGGCCCAGGACCUCGUGGCCCUCCCCAUGGCCCAAUGAAUUCUAUGGGUGGCAUGCCAACUGGAAUCAAUAUGAUGGGGAGUAUGGGGGGUGGAAUGGGGCCAGGUAACAUGGUAGGUGGGCACCCAGGUUUACCACCACAAGGACAGUUUCCUCCGUCACAAGAUGGGCCCUAUCCUGGGCCUGGCACUCCUGGCAGUGAAGAAGGCAAGAACUUUGUUGGUGGACCUGGUGGUGGUCCACCAGGUCCUCCUCAACAGCCACCUAACCUCAACCCUUCUGGCCCUCCCUCCAACAACGCCACCCCAGGUCCUUCCCCAGCCUCUGGACCUCCACAGCCUGGAGGAGGGUUCCCUGGUCACCCUGAUGUACAGCAAUCAACGCCUAACACACCUGGGCAGUCGUCUUCUGCUCCUCCACCACCCAACCCUAAUUCUUCUCCUACUGGUCCCCUCAAUGGCCCACAGCCUCAACAACUACCGCCUAAUCAGCACCCUCCGCCCAAUUCUGCAGGUGGUCCGGCUCCAAACACUCCCUCCAGUCAGCAGCAGCCAACACCACCCAACUCUACCCCAGGAUCUGCUCCUUACAAUCAGCAGAACAGUGCUUCGGGUGGUGGCUCCAUGCCCAACCAGCCCUCCAACAGCAACCAGAACAACCUGAACAACAGUGGUGGGAACACUCCAGGUAGCAAUCCUAACCCUCCGUCCAACUCCACCUCAACACCUAACACACAAUCUCCACUACCCACUGGUCAAGCGCCACCAUCUGCUGGCCCAGGUUCUGGUCCGCCAAAGCUCGGCGGGGGCAUGGUGUUCCCUUGCGGCUUCUGCUUGUCAGAGGUGCAUGAUGACCAGGAGGCUAUCCUUUGUGAGGCCUCAUGUCAGCGCUGGUACCACAGAGACUGCACAGGCCUGACCGAGCCAGCCUACGGGUUGUUGACCAGAGAGAGCGCAGCUGUCUGGGCCUGUGAUAUGUGCCUCAAGACCAAGGAGAUCCAAGCAGUGUAUGUACGCCAGAGCCUAGGGCAGCUGGUGGCUGCAAAUGAAGGCUAAAAGAGUGAGAGGAAAAAAGGGAGAGUGAAUAACAGUGAUUGAUUCUUUCAAACUUUGAGUUUUUCAGCCAGUGAAACAGAACCAGGUAUGCUAUUGGAAUGGAACAGGGUAGCAUAUGGAAAGUAUAGGGAUGAGGCGUUAAUCCGGUUGAGUGAGUGAAGGGAAGAUGUGGACUGCCUCAUAAUUUGGUGUUCCUUCCUGUGUUUAGUGUUCUCAUCAACCACAUAAGCACUUUUAGGGCCCCUGUUUCUAGAAGAUCAAGCAAAGUUUGAGUUCUCAGACAAACAGUAUUUAUAGCCUAUUUCAGUCUACACGUUUGUGACGUCAGCCAUUUCAUAUUACAGGUAUAAUUUGGCUGAAGUUCAGGGAAAAAGAUUCUCUUAUAACUGCUAAAUUGAACAUGGCUGUCAAAGUGCACAAGAGUUCAUCAAUUUUAUAAAAAUUUGCCUGUAGAUUUGAUGGUGAAAUUGAACAUUCUCUCCCCUAAAAUAGCUCAUCUACCAGCAAAGCACUGACAACAACUCACUACCUCACAGAUCUGACAACUGACUGGUACAAAUGCUUAGGCACUGACUGACUGAUAUCUAGUCUAGAAUGAGGACUCCCUUUACCACCUCCUCUGUUGUCUAUGGUUUCCAUUUCAAUAUAUCUGAAGGAAACUGCUACCUUCCUUCACCUCUAAGAGACAAAAUGGUGUGGACAUGAUGGACAUUUAAAGAUGAAUUUGUCCGUUCGUCUUUGGACACGAGAGUUGUCUUGUAGAUAGAAAGACUCCUGUCAUUUUUAUUCACUCUACUGCCAGUUUUUUGUCUUAAUAUACAUCCAUUCAACAUUUUUCUACAAAAUGAAACACUGAUAUUUCAGUGUUGAUGGUUUGCUACAUAGGGAGUAGUGAUAUCAUAACCAUAUCAGAUGUGUAUAGUCUUUGGAUUGCAUGUGAACCAAUGCAGUAAUUUGUCAGCUGUUUUAAUGUUUUUUUGUUUUGUUUUUUUUGGCCUCCAUCUGGGCCGUGAAGUAGACCAAAUAACAGAAUGAAUUCAAAUAUCGGCUCAUAUUGCUGUCACUGAGCAAGAUGUUUGCUAUUUUCUUGUUUCCAUAUUUCUGUCCAAGUUGCCUUUUCUUAGCAGUUAUUUUUUGUACUGAUGUCUGUGCUGUCCAGUGUGCUUACUCUAGUGCCCUCUGUUGGCCAUGAUGGUGCGGUAAUGUUUGAGGUGGGCAGAAGUCUGGCAAUGCUCUGAAAGAAGUAAAGCAAAAUGUUUUUGUAUGUGAACUUGGCCUUUUUUAUUUGUAGCCUAUUGUUGCAUUAAAUUUGGGUUUGACAACCCACUAAACCAA